UAUGCGAGUUGUCGAAUAUCAAAACAUACGAUGAUGAAGUGACAAUUUGAUAAGAAUUGAAUUCGUAAAUGUUUCGAAUUUGCAUUUUUAUGAGGCUAUUAAUACGUAUAGUAGCAUCCAAGAAAAUACCAAAACAUCAGAAGUAUAUCAGUAUAAUAUAAUAUUCUUCUUUUGAAUGAGAUAUUUGAAUGAUUACUGAGGAAUGGAAAUGUACAUAUACAACAUGUAUAAGUACUUCUUAAAAAAUUUCAUACAAGGAAAUUGUAUGAGUAAAGAUUAUUAGUAAACUCAUCAAUUGUCAAAAACAAAUAUUAUAUAGUGUUUAAAAUGCCACAAGUGGAUGGUGCUAAUAUACCAACUACCAAUAAUCAAACUAGUGAAACUGUACAUAAUCAUAAUUCAAAUAGUUCAUCUCGUCCAGCUUUAAGUAACAACAAUAUGAAUACUGCUAGGAACAAUAAUAAUCAAAACCCGUUAGUUAAUGUUCGGGAUAGAUUAUUUCAUGCGAUAUUUAUUAAGGCUGCAUUAAUAUAUGCAAGGACAUUUCCAAGGCCUGUCAGAAGAUUUUUAGAAUUUAUGGCAUUGUUGAAGGCCAUAGCAGCAUUUUUUGUAUUGGCUUAUAUUCAUAUAGUAUUUUCACGAGCUCCAACUAAUUGUUUGGAGCAUAUAAGAGAUGAUUGGCCUCGGGACGGUAUAUUAAGAGUUGAAAUACUUAGGAAUGGAGGUGACGAUUACAGCAUUGAAAAAAGUUAUGCUAAGGAAGAAAAAUUACGACAAGAAAAAGUUGAUGAUUUAACUAAUGCUUUGGGGAUAUUAACUAAAGAUGGGUUUAUUAACAUUGAACCAUCCGCUGUUGACGAAGAACGUGAUACUGUUAAUAUAUCUAAUGAAGAAAAUAAUGAAAGUUUAACAUUAGCUGAAAAAGAAGUAAUUCUCAGAAGUGCUACUGUUUCUGGUGAAACGCAAGAUUCAAAUUUAAAUAUAAAUAACACAAUAACUCCUUGGUUGUCAACAAAACUUUGGAACGAAAUGAAUGUAGAUAAUAAAGAGGUAUUAGAUGAGAAGGUAGUAUCUUUAACAGGUGGGCACAAUAAUACUUUAGAACAAGAUACAAAUAAUCUAAACAAAGAAGAUGUUAUUCAACCUUUGAAGGAUCAGAAUUUUGAAGUGAGAACAGACGAUGGUUAUAUCGUUGAAUAUUCAUUAGAGUACGGUUUCUUGAGAUUAUCACCCGUAGCACGGCAAAGAUUGAACAUUCCCGUGAAGAUUGUUACUUUGGAUCCUGCUAAUGACAAAUGUUUUGGUGAUGCUUUCUCAAGAAUAAUACUAGAUGAAUUUUUGGGAUAUGAUGAUUUAUUAAUGGCGAGUAUUAAGACGUUAGCAGAGCACGAGGACAAUAAAGGAUUUUUACGAAAUGUGGUUACGGGAGAACACUAUCGUUUUGUAAGCAUGUGGAUGGCCAGAACUUCGUACCUCGCUGCAUUCUUCAUCAUGUUAGUUUUUACGAUCUCCAUUUCGAUGCUGCUGCGAUACUCGCAUCACCAGAUCUUCGUUUUUAUUGUGGAUCUGCUUCAAAUGUUGGAGUUCAACUUAACGGUAACAUUUCCGGCAGCAUCUUUGCUCACGGUGAUUCUAGCACUCGUCGGUUCUUCUAUCUCUACCACUUCUCUUUCUACGCUUAUCAUUAUCGAUUUAAUGGACAGUACAGCAGUUUGGCACUUCUCACUUCUUGGCUUUUUACUGAGCAACCUAAGCAUGAUCUGGGCACUGCUCAUAUCCCUGCUGGCCCUAGUCCUAGCCUACUACUACCUCACCGACUACGACCACUUCAAGAAGCGAGGAAUCCCAUACUUCAAAUCGCUGCCCCUCCUCGGCAGCCUCUGGAAAUUCGUGCUAACCCGCAAAACCUUCGGAGACAUGCUCCAGGAGCUCUACACCCUGCAGCCCUCCGCCAAGUACAUCGGUUUCUUCGACUUCCUCACACCCGUCGUAUUAAUCCGCGACCCGGAGCUCAUCAAGUCCAUAACCGUGAAGAACUUCGAGCACUUCGCGGAACACCGCAAGUUCCAGGACGGCGACAAAAACUUCUUGUUCAGCAAGAACCUGUUCGUCCUCAGUGGAGAAAGAUGGCGCGAGGUCCGCGCCAUGUUGAGUCCCGCUUUUACUUCCAGUAAGAUGAAGUCCAUGUUCGUGUUGAUGAAAGAGUGCUCCAGACGAUACGAUCAGCAUUUACUAUCCUUGGCAAGUCAUGGGAAAGCCAUAGAUCUCAAGGACGUGUUCACAAGAUAUACAAACGACGUGAUCGCCACGUGCGCGUUCGGUUUUAAUGUGGACUCCAUGGCGGACCGCGAGAACACUUUCUACAUGUACGGUCGUGACGCCACGAAUCCCACGACGAAGCAGUUCCUGUCGUUCUUCCUGAUUCGUAGCUUUCCCAAACUGUGUGAGCUGCUGAACAUAAGGAUAAUGAGAAAGGAGAUCGGUGAGUUCUUUCGAGACCUGGUGGACAGCACCAUUAGGACCAGGGACGAGAAGGGCAUCGUGCGACCCGACAUGAUUCAGCUGAUGAUGGAGACCAGAGGGAAGUUAGGCCCCGGCAAGGAGUUAACCAUCGAGGAUAUGGUAGCUCAAGCGUUCCUCUUCUUCUUAGCCGGCUUCGACAACACCGCCACCAUGAUAAGCUUCACAGCCUACGAGAUCGCCGCGAACCCGGACAUCCAGAAGACUCUUCAAGACGAAAUCGACCAAGUUCUCAAAGACUGCAACGGAGACGUCACGUACGAGGCCCUCAACAACAUGAAGUACCUCGACGCAAUCCUCAACGAGAGUCUCCGCAUGCAUCCCAUCGUCGCCAUCUUCGAUCGAGUCUGCACCAAACGCUUCGAACUACCUCCAACCCUAUCAAACACCGAACCACAUGUGAUACAAGAAGGAGAACUCAUUUGGAUACCCACGUAUGCGAUACACUACGAUCCUGAACUCUAUCCAGAGCCUCAAAAGUUCAGACCAGAGAGGUUUCUCGAUGCGAAACACCUUUUGAAUUCUGGCGCAUAUCUGACCUUUGGUUUGGGGCCCAGAAUGUGUAUCGGUAACAGGUUCGCUAUUAUGGAGGCCAAGAUUCUGCUGUUCCAUGUAUUCGCUCGUUGUAACCUGAAGCCUAGGACUGUGCCGAUGAAACUGGUCAAACGGGGCUUCAACAUGGCUCCGGAAGAUGGGUUCUGGUUCGAAAUUCAAUCUAGGAAGGGGAUGUAACUUGUGGACGUGAUUUGUGAUGACUUUUGAGUUGCUAGAUGUGAUUUGGUUCAGUGAUUUUUUAUUUGGAGGUUCAUUGUGAUUUUUAAUUUGGAGGUUCAGUGAUUUUUUGUUUGGAGGUUCAGUGAUUUUUGAUUUGGAGGUUCAGUGAUUUUUUGUUUGGAGGUACAUUGUGAUUUUUUAUUUGAAGGUACAUUUAUCAUUUGGUUUAUUCAAUGUUGAAUUAUUCAUCAUUUAUUACUUGGAGACAGACAUAGUCAAGGGACAAUUGCAAGUAACGUACUCUGUUUAUUUUAGCUAAAAUAUUCAGUUGGGUUGCAAGCUUGAUAUGAACCUAGCUCAUCUUUGCUACCUAGUUCAACCUCGAACCUAUCUCUUGAUCUCUUAACAAAAAUUUUGCAAUAAUAUUUUGAAACGAAAUUUCUUGAUCAUGAAAAUUUUUUGUACAUUGUGGUUUUUGAUUUGAAGGUGCAUUGAUUUAUCACUUGGUUUAUUCAAUGUUGAAUUAUUUAUCAUUUAUUACUUAGAGUUAGACAUAGUCAAGGGAUAUUUGCAAGUAACAUUGUACUCUGUUUAUUUUAGCUAAAAUAUUCAGUUAGGUUGCAAGCUUGAUAUGAACCUAGCUCAACUUUGCUACCUAGUGCAACCUCGAACCUAUCUCUUGAUCUCUUAACAAAAAUUUAGCAAUAUUUAGAAACAAAAUUCUUGAAUCGUGAAAAUUUUUGGAUUUCAAAAAAGGGAGAUAGAGACCUGGGAUACAGUAAUGAACGCGUGUUAUAUGUCCGUCUCAAUUAUCAUCCGGUGAAUGGCGUCAUCCUCCUCUGCAUGGCCAGCACGUAACGCGGUCUCGUGCUAUGUACAACAGCCGUAUAAUAUAUUCCACUACGUGAUCGUCCACUGCCAACGAUGCGAUACGACCUUCUGAAUAUUGCUUUAAUGAGCGACUCCCACUGAUUCGAAAUCUCUACCUCCCAGCGUUUUGUCUGCGGUUGCUUUUGGUGCAACAACAAAGUCACGCGAUUAGUCAACCAUCGGUUCAUUAAACUCGGCUUCCUUGGAAUAUGGUUCAAGGCGAGUUGAUAAAUGAUAGACCCUAUGUUUUUAAGCGUGGUAAUUUAAAUUGUGGAAUCUGGUGAUAUAAUCGUUUGAGAUUGUUAUGCUUUACCGAGAAUCGCGGUUUUAUCUAUUUGAUGUUUGAUGUGUUAAUGCUGAGUCAUUGUUUACGUUUGAACGAUUUCUUGUAUAAUUUGCCUGGCAAUAAUUUGUUUUGAAAGUAUUUUGUCGAAGCUCAUAUCGAUUGUUGGUAAACUAAAGGAUACUUGGCAAACUAAAAUAGAUUGCAUACGAUGAUUUUAAGUUAAAAAUGAAAAUAUUGAAAUGAAAAACAGGUACUUUUGUAUCAGAUGCAUAUUUGUAACUCUAUGAGUAAAUAUUAAAAUGUAAAUUAAAUGAAUAAAAAUUUA